CUAUUUCAAAUGAAGGCCCAAUUAGACCUCCACUUGCAUUUGCAAACCCUACCUCUCCGGAAUCCAUAUUGCGAUAAUUAGAGUUUCACUAUACUCCAUUUUUGAAGGAAACCAGUUCCAAUUUCCUGUGUAUCUACCUGCCCCGAUUUGCAAUGGUGAACGUUCCAAAGACAAAGAAGACUUACUGCAAAUCAAAGGAGUGCAAGAAGCAUACCUUGCACAAGGUUACCCAGUACAAGAAGGGAAAGGAUAGCUUAGCUGCUCAGGGUAAGCGUCGUUACGACCGCAAGCAGUCUGGCUAUGGUGGACAGACAAAGCCCGUUUUCCACAAGAAGGCGAAAACAACAAAGAAGAUUGUGCUGAGGUUACAAUGCCAGGGCUGCAAACAUGUUUCUCAGCAUCCUAUUAAGAGGUGCAAGCACUUCGAAAUUGGUGGAGAUAAGAAGGGCAAAGGAACGUCACUUUUCUAAGUAUAUCAUUGUUUGCUGUCUUUUUUUCUCUUUGGUUGCGAUUUUGGAUUUAGCUAAACAUUUGAUUAUAUGAAACUUGGUUGUAAGUUUUGUUUUGAACAAUAGUGUUAUGCAUAAUUAAAGCAGUUUUCGGUA